AAGGAAGGCACGACUCAGGCAUGACAUCAAGCAGACCACAACAAAACCAGCACCUUGCACCAUCAUGGCGGCACACCCAAACCGCGCUCCUUUGUCGUACUCGGAGAUGAUAGCUCGCCAGAGCGCCAUCAUCGCGGAGCACGACUACGCAAGCACCAGUUACUCCAUGAGACGACCCAUCACGCCCAACUCACGCAUCACUUUUCGCAGAGUGGAUUAUGCGUCGAGUCAGAUGUACAACAACAGUAGCAGCAACAAUAGCAGUAGCAACGGCAAGAAGACGGACGACGACAGCCGAGACACAAGCGUUCACACGCGAGAAACCAACGCUUCCGCCCCGACAUUCUUGACGAUGCCUUCAGUACCAGUACCAGAUGGUCAGUCGACCCAGAGAUCGUUGCCUGCCAUGGAACAAGCUGGCCAAGCUGGACAGAAGCCUCUGGCAUAUGCGGCUGUGGCCAAACGGGCGGCAGCUGCGACGCCUGCAGUGCCUGCCACAGCGCCAGCAGUGGCCAGUGCCACAAGCAGUGCUUCGUGUCUGGGGACGUCCACACAGCAUCAGCCUCCGGCAAACGACUCAAAAGUCAGCAUGAGCCAGGCACAUCCCGUGCUCAACACCGGAACAUCUGGGGUACCCGUGCAACAGCCCAGAAUCCCGACGAAGCCAGACCACAGCUGGCACGCGCAUAACCCUAGUUCCGUCUUGCCGGAAAAUGCGAGCAUGCACUUUUUGAACAGCCAGCCAAUUUCUGGAGGUCAUUUGGACAGUCACCAUAAUCAAGACAGUCAUGGCGGCAACGGUCUCCUCGAAGCUUUGGACAAAGCCAUCAACGGCGGCGACGAGCAUGGGCAGAUCUGUGCUUCAUCAAUCUCCAAAGAUGACACUACCAGAAUAUUCCGCCGAGACGUGCCCAGGAUGGAAUUCUCAGACUUGUCCGAGACCAAAUUUCGCAGCAACGGCGGCAGUCACCCAACCUGCGGUGCCGAUAGCAAGGGCAAUAGUGACCGUCUCGAGCUACUCCGUGCAGCCGUGGAGACCGCAGCACGUGAGGGCGUCGUUAGACACGGCCUGAAGAAGUCCCCGGAGAAAACGCUCGACAGCGCUGCCAGGAUACUCGAGGAGAGACGUAGCAUCGAACUGAACAUCGAUAGCGACUAUCGUUCCACCGCAGGCGAGAACGGUGGCUGUACGCCCACGCGCGACCCUCAGCCUUUCCUGCAUAAUCAUACGCAUUGCAGGAACUGGACCAACUUGACUCUUUCGACCGUUCACAGCAAGUUGAUCGCCCAGCUCUGGCCUGGCGGCCUGGUUUCUCUCGAGGAGAUGGCUCGUCGACCACCAAGGAGUUACUCCCCAGCUGCCCCAAAGUCCUCUCGUAACAAGCCUCUUCCAGAGAGAACACCAGCGUCCAGAGCCACGCAUGGCUUUACAGUAGAUCUUCGUGGUGGUACUGGCAAUAUAGCCCAGCUGCGAGAGGAGUGGCAAGGACAACAGCAUAGCCGACUCUCCACGUCCACCCACCAUGAUGCGAGCGCUCAAGCCCUCCAACACCACGAAGCACGGCAGCCAGCUAGCUGGACCAACUCGCACACCUGGAUCGCCAACGAGGAGAAGGAGCGAGCACGCUGGAAUAAGAUUCAAAACAGCCUAUAUCAUGCAGGCAUGUCGUAUUCGCCGUACUUGCCGACCAACUUCGCAGAAUACAUGACUCAGCGAGUUGAUCAAGCCAAUCUUCAGCUCCGAGAAGCUCGUGAGAAGCUAGAGCAUAAACAGAAUGAAUGGGAUGGUCUUCGAGAUCGAAUUGCGUCUGGCGAAAACGUGCCUAGUGACACAUUUUUGGGUGGGCAAGGACGCAGGCUUGAUGGUGCCAUUGAUGGCCCCGGCUUCAACAGCAGUAUCACUACCAAUGCAGCCGGCGGCCCUGAGGUUUGGCAUAGAGACAUCAAUGCCCGUGACGAGAAGACUUGGCCGUCAGUGGCACAGCUCAAGGCCUAUGGCGACCAGAUGGCACGUCAGGGCCUUGCCCGCGGCCUGCCACCAGUUGACAGUGCAAGAUAAGCUUGAUGGCUGGGCUGGAUGGGCCUCACUCGUACGCGAUUUCCUUGUGAUCCGGGGUUAGGUACGAGGAAGCAUGGUUGGGUGUGGUCCUCAGAGAUUGGCUCGUGAUGGUGUAUGGUACCAGGCCGAGCUUGAAACUACGCCGCGGUGCUCAGAGGUAUGGCGUCAUGCACUUCUGGAAAAAGUAUCAGGAUAUCGGAGUGGCAGCACUUGUGUAACUAGGCGUGUCAUAUGGUCGGGCGCUUUGCAGUAUUCAUCCCAGCGAUUGUUUUUGAUGUUGAUUUACUAUGAACGGCUUGUAUUCCGGAAGCCCUUCCCCUCAAAUGAUUUGUGGUAUGGGGUGUCUCAUAGCUUGCUUUGUUCUGGCAAAGCACAUAUGAUUAAUGGCUGUGC